AUGGCGAAGAAGACCUAUGAUCUGCUCUUUAAGCUGCUCUUGAUUGGUGAUUCUGGGGUGGGAAAGACCUGCGUGCUGUUUCGAUUUUCAGACGACGCCUUUAACACCACCUUCAUCUCCACUAUAGGAAUCGAUUUUAAGAUCAAAACAGUUGAAUUGCAAGGAAAGAAGAUAAAGCUACAGAUAUGGGAUACAGCGGGACAGGAACGGUUUCACACCAUCACUACCUCUUACUACAGAGGGGCCAUGGGAAUCAUGCUCGUAUAUGACAUCACCAACACCAAGAGCUUCGAAAACAUCAGCAAAUGGCUCAGAAAUAUCGAUGAGCAUGCUAAUGAGGAUGUGGAGAGGAUGCUGCUAGGCAACAAGUGUGACAUGGAGGACAAACGUAUCGUACCAAAAGCCAAGGGGGAACAGAUCGCGAGAGAACACGGGAUUCGCUUCUUCGAGACAAGUGCAAAAGCCAACAUCAACAUCGAGAAGGCGUUCCUCACGUUAGCAGAAGACAUUCUCAGAAAGACGCCCGUAAAAGAGCCCAACAGUGAAAACGUGGACAUCAGCACUGGAGGCGGAGUCACAGGAUGGAAGACCAAGUGCUGCAGUUGAACAUACACGCACAGAUACUCACACACUUUACACAAACACACACACACACCCACCAUCUGUUUCUCUAUAUCCCUCUCUUUCUCUCUCUCAUUCACUCAUUCCUCGUUUGUCUAACACUCUUCCGUUCUCUCCUCACGGGAUUCUCUGUAAAACACAUCUCUAAUGUUUCUCACACUCACGACUGCUUACUGACAUCAUUUUUAUUUCUGACAAAAAAAAAUACAAAUGUAAAGAGAAAGUCCUUUCAUGUUUCUUCUUAUUUUAAAGUUUAAAGAAAGAAAUGAAUUUAAGCAAAAAGUGCAUUCACCACUACAUAAAGACCGUCAGUGGACCUGGAGACGUUGUCUGUCGGCACAGAGGAGCGGUGUAGCGUUCAGUACGACAUCCUAGACAAGACUUUUAGUCCAGGGGUUAGUGUUGUGUGUUAGUGUGAGAGAUCUUCUCUAGCUGGGUUUUUUUGUUCUCUGAUUUGAUUUCUUUCGUCCGGUGCCUUAAUGUAGAGCCUUAGAGCUCAUCCCCCAAACACACAUUUAAACAUCACUUUUCUGUAACAGUUACGCACACACACACACACUGGUCCUCUCCUCUCUGCUUGCCCCCGCUAACUCAACCCAACACACCUGAGUGGAACCAUCCGGACUCAACCUGUUUGCUCAGAAGAGAAUGGCAUUAUAUAUAUUUUUGUUUUUGUUUUUGUUUUAAUUUAGUUUGUUUUUCAGAAUGUUUUAUGAAUCUCCUCUGUAUGUUUUGUUUUCCCUCACUCAGUUACUCAUUCUCUCCUGCAUGCUGGUUUCUUUGGGUUUUUUGGGGUCUUUUGUAAGUUUUGCCAUGUUUGUUAUUGACAGGAAGGAUCUCUUCUAGUCCAGAUACGUGUCAGGGAGGGGAGCGUUCUCUUUGGAAAUUCGAACGAUUUUGCAGAUCCAUUAAAAAUAAGCUUGUUUAAGUUA